CCCCAGCUGCAACAGGAGAAAAAAAAGGCGAGAUGCACUAAAAGUUUCCAGGGCUUUAACGAGGGAAAGUAAAGGAAUCACAGAAAUGUGCGAAAAGGAGUAUUCAUUGUAGAUCACGAUUUCGGUUUUCCUUCUGAAAGGACAGAGAUAAGAAUGAUUACAUAGUAUCUGCCUGUUUCAGAGAACGGAAAAGAAACAAAAGUUUGGAGAGUUUGGGGUAGCCUAAGUAUGGCGCGAGAGGUUGAAGAGACCGAAGUCAAAGGUUCCAAAGUAAAGAAGCAGAAGAGAAGGAAAAGCAAGAAAGAAGGCAAAACCAGGACUGUACACGCAAAUUUACUUUAUGAUAACGCCAAAGGAGAAGAUAACCCUAACAGACACUAUGCAAACAACAAGAUUAAAACAACCAAAUAUACGCUACUCUCGUUCUUACCGAAAAACCUUUUCGAACAGUUCCACCGAUUUGCCAACGUGUAUUUUGUUUUUAUAGCUUUAUUGAAUUUUGUGCCGGUGGUAAAUGCCUUUCAGCCAGAGUUAGCGCUGGCCCCAGUCGUCUUUAUUUUGUCUGUUACUGCAAUUAAGGAUCUAUGGGAGGAUUACAGGAGACACCGCUCAGAUAAAGAAAUAAAUCAUAUGGACUGUCUUGUCUAUAGCAGGACCGAUAGAUGCUACGUGGAGAAGUACUGGAAGGAAGCGCGCGUGGGAGACUUCAUCCGGCUGCGCUGCAACGAGAUUGUGCCGGCCGACGUGCUGCUGCUCAGCACCAGCGACCCUGACCGCCUGUGCCACAUCGAGACGGCGACGCUGGACGGCGAGACCAACCUGAAGCAACGGCAGGUCAUCCGAAGCUUCCUUGACCUGGAUUGUGAGUUUGAUCCGUUCAAAUACAACAGCAUUAUUGAAUGUGAGAAGCCCAACAACGACCUUAACAGAUUCCGGGGUUACAUAGUCCAUCGCGGCGGCCGGAGAGAUGGUCUUUACAAAGAGAACCUGCUACUCCGGGGCUGCACCGUCCGUAACACAGAGGAGGCCGUCGGGAUCGUCAUCUAUGCAGGUCAUGAGACGAAAGCCAUGCUGAAUAACAAUGGGCCUCGGUACAAGCGCAGCAAGCUGGAGCGACAGAUGAAUGUGGACGUGUUCUGGUGUGUCAUCAUCCUGCUCGUCAUGUGCCUCUUCACUGCCAUAGGUCACGGGCUUUGGCUGUUUCAAUAUGGAGAUAAGCGGCCCGUUUUUGAUGUCCCCAGCCCUGAUGGAAUGGACUUAUCACCUGUGCUGUCAGCCAUUUAUCUGUUCCUCACUAUGAUUAUCGUCUUCCAGGUGCUGAUCCCAAUCUCCCUGUUCGUGUCCAUUGAGAUUGUCAAAAUCUGCCAGGUGUACUUCAUACACCAGGACAUGGAUCUGUAUGACGAGGAGACAGAUUCUCACCUGCAGUGCAGGGCUUUGAACAUUACAGAGGACCUGGGCCAGAUGCAGUACAUAUUUUCUGACAAAACCGGCACACUGACUGAAAACAAGAUGGUGUUUAGACGUUGCACUGUGGCUGGAGUGGAGUACUCCCAUGAUGCCAAUGCAAAAAGGCUGGCCAUGUAUCAGGAGGUGGAUUCAGAGGAAGAGGAUUGCACGUCCCAUGGCGGAACUUUGCCAAGACGUGACAGUGUGACGAGCCACCAGAGUGGCAAAGUGGUGCUUCGCUCUCAGAGUACCAAAUCUCACCGCCGCACAGGAAGUCGCGCCGAGGCCAAGAGAGCCAGCAUCCUCUCCAAGCACACUGCCUUCAGCAGCCCCAUGGAGAAAGACAUCACCCCAGACCCACAGCUCUUGGAUAAAGUGAAUGACGGCGCCAGCCAAAUGGAGGUCAUGCGUUUCCACAGCCAGUCUCUCAGCCAGAUCCCCUCUGACCUCUGCGACAUCAUUGACUUCUUCAUCGCGCUCACCAUCUGCAACACUGUGGUCGUGUCCUCCCCCAACCAGCCCAGACAAAAGGUGCGGAGGUUCGAGCUAAAGUCCCCUGUAAAGACCAUCGAGGACUUCAUCAAGCGAUUUACACCCAGCCGCCUGACGGGCUCCAACAGCAGCAGCCUGUCCAGCCUGGUCACCAACCGCUCGUCCUUCCACCGCGGCUGCUCCAGCGUCCUGUCCUCGCCUUCCGCCGAGAGCACGCUCACCAAGCUGGACGAGGAGCGCCGCACCGCCGCCAACACCAACGCCAACGCCACCAGUAGCCUGGACCACGCCUUCAGCCCCGUGCCGGCGUCCGUGGACGGGGCCAAAUCUGGGCCCUGGGCAGCGGCAAUGGCGGAGGGGGAGCUGCGCUACGAGGCAGAGUCACCAGACGAGGCGGCGCUGGUAUACGCGGCCCGGGCCUACAAGUGCUCCCUGGUGGGCCGGCUGCCGGACCAGGUGACGGUGGAGCUGCCUCACCUGGGGAAGCUGACCUUUGAGCUUCUGCACACGCUGGGCUUUGACUCGACCCGCAAGCGCAUGUCGGUGGUGGUCAAGCAUCCGCUCACUGACCAGAUCACCGUUUACACGAAAGGAGCCGAUUCAGUUAUCAUGGACCUCAUCAAACCACCUCCUACAGACAACCCCAAAGGAAAGCGCCAGAGGAAAAUCUUACACAAGACCCAGAACUAUCUGAACCUCUACGCCGCUGAUGGGCUACGAACCCUCUGCAUCGCCAAAAAGGUCAUGAGUAAGGAGGAGUAUGCCCGGUGGCUGCGGUGCCACCUAGAGGCUGAGACGGCCAUCCAGGGCAGGGAGCAGCUGCUGUUUGAGUCGGCCCUUAGACUGGAGACCAACCUGCACCUCUUGGGAGCAACUGGCAUUGAGGACCGGCUCCAGGACGGCGUCCCCGAGACCAUCGCCGCCCUGAGGAAGGCCGGCCUGCAGAUCUGGGUGCUGACGGGAGACAAGCAGGAGACGGCCAUCAACAUCGCGUACGCCUGCAAGCUGCUGGACCCCGAGGAGGAGAUCAUCACCCUCAACGCAGACUCCCAGGAGGCCUGCGCCGUGCUGCUGGAGGAGAGCCUGCACUACAUCCAGUCCAAGUUCCUGUGCGGCGCCUCGCCCCCCACCCACCCGAGUGCCACCAAGCAGCAGCAGCAGCAGCAGCAGUUCGGCGCCUUCCACCUGUCCCCGUUCCCCUGCUCCCCCGCCAAGGCGUCGUCCUCCACCUCGUCCUCCUCCUCGUCCGCGUCGUCGGGGCCGUUCCUGGUGCACCGGCUGGGCCUGGUGAUCGACGGGCGCACGCUGGCGUACGCGCUGGAGCGCAGCCUGGAGGACAAGUUCCUGGCGGUGGCGCGCAGCUGCCGCUCGGUGCUGUGCUGCCGCUCCACGCCGCUGCAGAAGAGCAUGGUGGUCAAGCUGGUGCGCAACAAGCUCAAGGUCAUGACCAUGGCCAUCGGUGAUGGAGCCAAUGAUGUCAGCAUGAUCCAGGUUGCUGACGUCGGCGUGGGCAUCUCUGGACAGGAGGGAAUGCAGGCAGUAAUGGCCAGUGACUUUGCCAUGCCCCGCUUCCAGUACCUGCAGAAGCUGCUGCUGGUUCACGGUCACUGGUGCUACUCCCGGCUGGCCAACAUGAUCCUCUAUUUCUUCUACAAGAACGCGAUGUUUGUGGCGCUCAUCUUCUGGUACCAGUUCUACUGCGGCUUCUCCGGGUCGGCCAUGGUCGAUCAGUGGUAUCUGAUCUUCUUCAACCUGAUGUUCUCGGCCUUCCCGCAGCUCAUCACCGGCACGCUGGACAAAGACGUGUCCGCGGAGACCCUCCAGGAACUACCUCAGCUCUACAUGAGCGGCCAGAACUCGGAGGAAUAUAAGCCAUACAUGUUCUGGAUGAACAUGAUUGAUGCCUUUUAUCAAAGCCUUGUCUGUUUCUUCAUUCCCUAUUUUGCGUAUGCUGACUCGAAUGUGGACCUGUUCACGUGGGGAACCCCCAUCACCACACUGGCUUUGUUUACCAUCCUUCUCCACCUGGGCAUUGAGACAAAGACAUGGACGUGGAUGAACUGGGCCUCCAUCGCGUUCAGCGUGGCGCUCUUCUUCACGGUGGCCCUGUGCUACAACGCCUCCUGCCCCACCUGCUACACCCCCUCCAACCCCUACUGGACCAUGCAGAGGCUGCUGGGAGAUCCGCUCUUCUACCUGCUGUGCUUCGUCACGCCGUUCACCGCCGUGCUGCCCAGAUACUUCUACAGGGCUUGUCAGGGCUCACUGUUCCCCGGCCCUGUCCAGGUCGGGAGGCAGCUGGACAAACUCCCAGCCGAGACGCGCAGGAACCUCCUGAGCCUGCAGUGGAUGAAGGCGGGCUCGUUCGGCUCGCUGUUUGGGCCCCGGCCCUCCUUCUUCCCCUUCCCCAGGGGUUGCGGGCCGCGGUCACGGCAACCCCACCCCAGCUCGUCUUCGUCCUCCUCGUCUUCGUCGUCCGCUUCCUCGACCUCCAAGAAGCCCGAGGCGCCGGACAGCACUCUCAACUCGAACAGCCCGGAGACGUGGAGCAGCUGCCCGAGCGCCAAGCCAGCGGUCAACCAGCACACCACCAGCGCUGGUGGCGUCGAACCGCAGGACAGCAGCGGGCAGCCGCACAAGCCGAGGUCAGGCUGCCCCCCUUCCUCCCCUUCCCCCUCCGCCUCCUCGCCCCACCCAGACAGUAAAGGGGAGCCUCUGGUCCCCCCCACAGACACAGACACCCUGCCGUACACCAAAGAGCCCAAGCGGGCCAGGGGGACGCCGCCUCCGUCGUCGCCGGACCCCCCCGCCUUCGAAGUGGUGGAGCUGCCGACGGACUUUAGGCCGCGUGGCUGGAUGACCUCCACGCCACUGCUGUCGCCGGAGCCAGCGCCCCAGCACGAGGGCACAGCUGGCAGCGCUCAGGGCACAGCCCAGAGGCGGGACUAUGAGGGUGAGGCCAGCCCCAUGCACAGGCUCCUCCCCAAAGAGGGCGGUGCUUGUCGUGCCCAGGGCUCAGACUGUGAGAAAGAGCACGCCCUCAAAACGACUCUACUCUGAUGCCUUCAACUCAUCCCACGUUAUGCAGAUUCCGUUUUGCACGUUAUUUCUAAGAAAUUUUUAUUCUAUUUUUCUGGAGGUUUAUUUUAUAAAAGCUAUAGAUAGGUACUAUACAUGAUAUAUGCAUUUUAUAGAUGUAAAAACUAAAGCCAAAUAAGGAGAUAAUUUGUGAGAUUUAGCUUAUGCUUCUGCAACUAGAGUGUAUCCAUGUAUGUUUGUGUGGUUGUGUGUACUUGUGUGUGUGUGAAUGUGUAUGUUUUUAACGCUGGAAUGUUUUGUUUUAUUUAAGUUCCAUCUCAGAACUGGAGGCGGUGUUUGUUUCUGUUUCAGCCUAAGCAAAACCAUUUUGUUAUCAGUGUGUUCAGAUGUUCUUGUUCUGGCUUUGGCUUUGAAUUCUGCACAUGUUUGCAGACCUUGGCUCUGGAUUCGCUUCAGGAUAGCACUCCCUUUAGGGGUCGGUCUCUCUCUCUGUCUCUCUCUCUUUCUUUUUCUCUCUCUCUCUCUCUCUCUCUCUC